UUGUACUGAAUGCAUAAAAAUUCAUUUUAGAAUGUAUGUUUUCUACGUAUUAAGAUUUUGAUGCUUCUGUUAUUUGGAUUCUGAUCAGUUCUCUUGUCCAGAUCAUGAGAGAUCCAGAAUCAGGAAAUUCACGUGGUUUUGGAUUUAUUAGCUAUGAUUCUUUUGAGGCAUCCGAUGCUGCUAUUGAGGCAAUGAAUGGCCAAUAUCUUUGCAAUCGUCAAAUUACAGUGUCAUAUGCAUAUAAGAAGGAUACUAAAGGGGAGCGUCAUGGUACUCCAGCAGAGAGAGUUUUGGCUGCAAGCAAUCCAGGUGCACAAAAGAGCAGGCCUCACACUUUAUUCGCUAGUGGGCCUCCAACUCAUCCGAGUGUUCCUCAGGCCAAUGGAGCCAUGCCUCCACGCCCAUUUGCAAAUGGUGCUGUUGCUCCAGGCCCAAUACCUGCACUCCGCCCACCACCACCUCAAGCGACAGCCUACCCACCUAUUCCAAUGGCUGGACAACCAGCUUGGCAUGGUCAGCCACCGCAACCAGGUCAAACAAUCCCACCACCUGGCAUGCCUCCACAAAUGCAGCAGUUCAGGCCACCUCCCCCAAGCAUGCCACCGCCCCCUACACAGGCAGCUUCAGGUCCCCCAAGGCCCCUACCACCACCAAUGGGAAUGGGAGGCCAACCACCACCUAUGUGGCGUCAACCGCCACCCCCACCCCUUCAACAUGGCGGUAGGCCCCCUAUGCCACAGACAUCAAUGCCUCCACCACCCCCUCCAAUCCACAAUAACCCACCACCGCUCCCUCCAUCUUGAACUUGGAAUCUUGAGAAAUCAUUCUGAGAGUUUUUGUUACUCCAUAUGACGUCUUGGACGUUUCUUGUUCAAUCUUUUUGUUCUGAAUUAGGAAAUGCUGAUUGUAAUAUGUAUCUCACUGGUUGAGAAAACAAGCAUCUAAGUUUGACUGAAAGGAAUAUUUAGUUCUUGAAAUA